CGUCUGCCUCAGCGCCGCUCCCGCUCUCACACUCACCAGGCUCCUGUCCCGUCCUGGCAAUCCCAGGGGGUUCGCGAGCGCGCAGCCCUGCGUAGCCCCCGCCGCCUCCACUUCCGCUUCCGCCGUGCCGCGGGAUUUUCCCGCCGCGUACCUUCAGCCCCAGGUUCUCUGCAUUGUCCUGAGGCGCGCGGCUGGGUCCCUCAGGAGUUUCCACGGCAACAGGGUUGGCGGCUCCUGAUCCCUUUGCAAAAUGAGAAGUGCAGUGAAUGCAAGCCUACUCUGCUUGGGGCCGUAACUGGAGCUAUUUUCAUCUGGAGUUGUCUCAAGUGAGAAGCUACAAACACAGCCAGGCAGAAAGGAAUGAAGAAAUGUUUGCACAGUGAAUGGGCUGGCUGGAUGGGAGCUGUCCCUGAUGGCUGCGGAAUCCUCUAGUCUAGCUUGGCAUGGCUCUGGCGGAUCAAGCUCCACACCACUCUGAGCUGUGCUCCUACACCCAGCAGGAACUUCUAAUCACCAGGUAGAAUUACAGACAGUGAGAGAGACAGAGAAAAAGGUCUUCCUUCUGUUGGUUCACUCCCCAAAUGGCUGCUACGGCUGGUGCUGCACUAAUCCGAAGCCAGGAGCCAGGUGCUCCUUCCUGGUCUUCCAUGCCGGUUCAGGGGCCCAAGCACUUGGGUCAUCCUCCACUGCCCUCCUGGGCCACAGCAGAGAGCUGGACUGGAAGAGGAGCAACCAGGACUAGAAUCCAGUGCCUAUGUGGGAUGCCGAUGCCACAGACGGAGGAUUAACCAAAUGCACUGUUGCAUUUGCCACCUAGGUGGGUUCCUGCUGCAAGGAAUUUGAGGACAUUCUCCUCCUUCAUUUGUAGGACAUCAAAGGUUCUGGACAUUGUGACAGCUUCCAUUUAAGUUACACUGGGAAUCAAGAACAAUGCCCUGUGACUCCCUUCCCAGACAGUACAGAAGGGGUCAAUAGAAUUUUUAUAUGCAUUUGGAAGCAGACAUUUUGUUUUAGUUUCCAAGGCAUGUUCCCAGGAGGCACAUAAGACGCACACAGAAGAAUAGACUCCCAAUCUCUGCUUUUGGGUACAGCUGAUAUGUUUAGCAGAAAUAUGAUGUCUCAGGUGUUGGUGUCAUUCGAAGACCUAGCUGUGGACUUCACCUGGGAGGAGUGGCAGGACCUGAAUGAUGCUCAGAGAAUCCUGUACAGGGAUGUGAUGCUAGAGACAUAUAACUGCCUGGUGUCCUUGGGAUACUGCAUUACCAAACCUGAGUUAAUCUUCAGGUUAGAAGAUGGUGCAGAGCCUUGGGUAGUGGAAAAACCGCUAAACUGGAACCUAUCAGUUGCCCAGAAAAUGGAUGGCUUAAUUGGGACCAAUCAGGAAAAUGAAGACAUAAAUUUGAAUCAAGAUACAAUCACAAACAAUAACACAUCAGUUCACAAGGGAGUUGAAUUUAAAGAAACAGUUCAUUUAAGCUCAAGCCAUAUUCCAAAAGUUACUAUCAAAAGGGGAAAUUGUUCAGGGAUGAAACACAAGGCAUGCAAUAUAUUUCACAAUGUGUAUCUCCCUAGUGGGUCUGAUGAGAUGCAAACUGGAGAGAAAUCUGAUGUCCCUAAUGUACCUGGGAAUUCUGCCCCAUGCUGUGAGCUGCUUUGUCAGCAUAACAAGAUUCAGACUAUGCAACGGCCAUUUAAACGGAGUGGACAAGGUAAAGCCUUCAAAAGGAAGAAGAUACUCUUUUCAUUUGAGAAGGUUCAUUUAGAAGAGCCCUGUAUUAAAUCAACUGUCUUUGUUGGAAACACAACUCAGAUAGAAAAGAAAACUUUACAUAAAUAUGAUAACCUCAGUAAGCAUCAGCGAAGCCACACAAGACAAAAACUCUGUGAAUCUGUUGAAAAUGAGAUUGGAACACGUAAAUCAGAUCUUACAAUAAAUCAGAGAACAUAUACAGGAAAAAAAGCCCAUGUGUGUAAACCCUAUGGAAAAUCUUUCAGUUGUAAAUCCUGCCUUAACAUCCUUGCCAGAACUCACACAAGGGAAAAGCCCUUUUGGUGCAAUGAAGGUGGAAAAACCAUUUACCAAAUUUCAGACAUCACUAGAAAUCAGAGAAUUCACAUAGGUGAGAAAUCUUAUGAAUGUGAUAAAUGUGAAAAAGCCUUCUGUCGGAAGUCACAUCUCAUAACACAUCAGAGAAUUCACACAGGGGAGAAACCCUAUGAAUGUAAUGAAUGUGGUAAAGCCUUUUGUCAUAAAUCAAUCCUCAUUACACAUCUGAGAAUUCAUACAGGAGAGAAGCCUUAUGAAUGUAAUGAAUGUGGAAAAGCCUUUUGCCAGAAGUCACACCUCAUAACACAUCAGAGAAUUCACACAGGGGAGAAACCCUAUGAAUGUAAUGAGUGUGUAAAAGCAUUUGGCCAGAUGUCACACCUCAAAGCUCAUCAGAGAAUUCACACAGGGGAGAAACCUUAUGACUGCAGUGAAUGUGGAAAAGCCUUUUCCAGAAAGUCAGACCUCAAAACACAUCAGAGAAUUCACACAGGGGAGAAACCUUAUCAAUGUAAUGAGUGUGGAAAAGCCUUUGGCCAUAUAUCAAUCCUCAUUAAACAUCAAAGAAUUCAUACAGCAGAGAAGCUUUAUGAAUGAAUGAGUGGAAAAACCUUUUGGCGAAUGUCAUACCUCACUAAACAACAGAGAAUUCAUACGUGGAGAGGAAAUCUUAUAAAAGUGAUUGAAGUGGAAAAGUUUUGCCAGAAGUAGUAACUCAUAACACCAUAGAAUUUACACAGGGGAGAAACAUUAAUCGGUGUGGAAAACCUUUUGUUGGCAGUCACACAUUAUGCACUAGAUAAUUCACACAUGAGAGGAACCUUAAUGGUUAUGAAAAAGUCUCAGAAGUCAUCAUUGCACAUCUGAGGAUUUUACACAGGGGACAGGCCUUAUAGAAAAAAAUUUUCCUGAAGUUAACACUCUUAACAGGCAAAGAAUUCACAAAGGAGGAGGUAGCAUUUUGCAUGCACUGAGUCUGAAAAAAUAAAAACAAUUUUUACCAGAAGUUAUUCUUCAGGAGGUAUUAGAAACUCAUACAAAGAAAAAAUAACAGCCUGUAUAAUAGUAUAAAAAUGUUUUUACCAUAAUUCAUUCUUCACACAUCAAAGGACUUAGAGAUAAGAACAUGCAUUGUCAGAAAUCUUUUUACCAUAAAUCAUUUUAACAAUGUAUCAGAGAACCCACAUAGAGGGAAAAUCCUGUGAAUGUAUCAGAACUAUAAAAACCUUUCUUAUAAGGCAAACUUCAACAAAAAGCAGAAUUAUAGAGAAAGCACUGUGAAUAUGUUUGUAGAGAAACACUACUGGAAACACAUCAGCAGUGGGUAGUAUUCAUGCCCUGCCCCCAAAAUAUGCCCUAAUUGAAUAUUCAACUAUGUGUUGGCUCAUAUGCAACCCACAUCCAAUAAAAAGGACAAUAAUAAAUUUUAGAAAUUGCAGUUCUCAUAAGAGAUUCCCCAUAACCCUGCCUGUGUGUGUACCAUCCCUCUAAAUCUUACUUUCACGAUUCCCCUUUUCUACCUCUCUUUAAUUCUUUAUUACCUGGAGAUAGUUAAGUCAGUUUAGCCACAGGGUUCCUCCUGUAACAGGAAGUAGUUCAUAGAUAUACUGUCUUGUAUUAUUUUGACAUUACAAUGAUAUGGUGUUUUUUUUCAAACCCCCACCCCUCACCAAGGUGACACUCAGUUUUACUAAAACUUGGUGUUCACUUCUCUUCCCUAUUUUCAAAGUCAUUUCUGGGUUCUGAUUGCAUGUGCUUUCAGCUCAGGUUUCAGCACAUACCCACUCAGUAUGGAAACUUUGCCAAGAUGGCAUAGCCAUUCCUUGGUUAGUUGACUGCAAAUGUGAUGAUGGAUUAUCUAGCAGUAGUUUCUCCUUUUCUAUGUCCCAUCAAGGUGAUUAUCCAGAAAGUCAUUUCUUCUACCUUCAUUUAUGCACAUUGCAAACAGCUCAUUACCUCAACCAGGACCCCUGAGGAUCUUCGAAGCAUUAAUAAGAUGCAAACCUCAAAUCCCAUUGUAAUGAAAUUUAGAAGCAAGAAAAUGCACUGAGAAUGGUAGAGUUGAAGCCUGGCAUUUAAAUUUCUUCCCCAUCAAACUUACCCAUCAGCAGCCAUCACAAGCCAGGAAAAUAAAAUCACAUCACAGCUUGAAAGAAGGAGAACAGGAAAAGCAAAGAACACUUUAUAGAAAAACAUGAAGCAUUCACUGAGUGGACUUGAAACACUGGACUGCAAGUCACAUGAUGCUUUGCAAUUAAGGCAGUCAUCCAUUUAUUCAGAAUACUAAGCAUAUGUUAAAGUAAAUUCUUCCCACUGGUAUCAGUACUUAGUUCAAACCAGCCUUUUUCACUCAAUUUGCCCUACAGAAUUGAACAUAAGUUGUCUUCCAUGAAAAGAACACCAAGCAUUUCUAUUUCUGGGGUCUGACACUUCAGCAAGAAGCAAGGCAAGCCCCUUUCAGUUUUUUCAGAUGUCCUGUAUUUUCAGUAUUGAUGAACAGACUAGGUCAUGUUGACUGCCUAUUGAUUGUCACUGUAGGUCAUGUUGACUGCCUGUUGAUUGUCACUGUGUGCUCUAGAGGAAGUGAUAGUUUUUCAUUUUUUGGUUUAUGUUGCAUAAGU